GCUACUUGCAGUACUCUGUCCACUUGAGCACCAUUAGGAUUUUCGGCCGACUUCUAUUUUGCCUUCCACUUUCCCCACUCUCUGCCCCGUGGGCUUAGCUUGAUUGCUGGCCGCCGUGAUGAAGCGGAAGAUGGUGAUGAAGGUGGCGCUGAACGACAGCAGCCAGCAGCGGAAGGCGCUCAAAGCACUCUCCAAUCUCCAUGGUAUCGACGCGAUUGCUGCGGACUUGCCGGGCGGCAGGAUCACCGUCACCGGCGUGGUCGACCCCGUCGAUGUUGUGGGCAAGCUGCGAAGGUUGUUUGGGAACGCCGAGAUCGUCUCCGUCUGGCGCACCAACGACAGCGGCAAGAAGAAGGCCGACACGUCGUCCUCCUCCUCCUCCUCCUUCUCCUCCUCCUCCUAUCGCUCUCGGGUUUCUCCUCCUACUCCUUCUCCUUGUCCUCCUCCUCCUUGUGGUUUUCCUCCUCCUCCUCCUCCUUGUCCUCCUCCUCCUUGUUGUUCUCCUCCUCCUCCUCCUCCUCCUCCUUCUCCUCCUCCUCCUCCUCCUUGGUACGAGUUUACAUACGGGUACUUGAACAGCAUCACAGACAAUUUCUCCGAGGAGCGCAUCAUUGGCCGUGGUCGGCAUGGAGUAGUCUACCAGGGAGUGCAGGACAAUGGGUUACGCAUUGCUGUGAAGAAGCUUCAUCUCAUGCCGGGACUUGACGACGAGGAAUUCAUAAUUGAGUUUCAUAAUCUUGUGAGGGCCCAACAUCAAAAUAUCAUACUAUUACUUGGUUACUGCCAUCAUACAGCACAAGUUCUUGUUGAGCACAAUGGAAAAGAUAUUUCAGCUAGAGUGGAAGAAGGAUAUUUAUGCUCUGAACACUUGCAAGGAGGAAGCCUUGACAAGCAUCUUUCUAAUGAACCAUGUGCACUUGCUUGGCACACAUGUUACAAAAUAAUUAGAGGGGUAUGUGAGGGUUUACAUUACCUUCACAAAGGAGUUGAGUAUCCUAUUUACCAUCUGGAAUUAAAACCUACAAAGAUUUUGCUGGAUAACGACAUGAUGCCCAAAAUUGGAGGUUUUGGCUUCUCUAGAUUCUUUGAUACAACGGAAACCUUCAAUACAUCAGAAGUUGCGCGAACAAGUGUAUACAUGCCACCAGAAUACGUCAGCAAACGGCAAAUCACACCAAAAUUUGAUGUAUUCAGUCUGGGCAUUAUAAUCUUGCAAAUAAUGGCAGGAAAGGAGAGCUACACCAAAUAUGCAGACAUUCCACCCAAAGAAUUUAUUGAACAUGUAUAUGGAUUCUGGGUAAAUAGGAUGCAGGGCACAAUAUCGAAGCAUACUUCACGUGAAGUUAGAACAUGCAUCGAAAUAGCUCUAAAAUGCGUGGAGUCCAGUCAAGUGAAGAGGCCUACUAUAAAUCAGAUCAUACAAAGACUGAACAAGAUUGAUAUUAUUGAGUUCUCAUCUAUAGAUGAGCUAUAUAGGACAAGGGAGUUUGCAUUUGAGUUCUUAGAACGUAUUACAAAUGACUUUUCUGACCUGAACAAAGUUGGCAGUGGUGGAUAUGGAGAUGUUUACAAGGGAGUGUUGGACAAUGGAGAAGAGAUUGCUGUUAAGAAACUGCAUCAACUGGGCAUUGAUGAUGAGCAAUUUAAGAAUGAGGUUAAUAAUCUAAUGAGGGUCCAACAUGAAAAUAUCGUACGUUUAGUUGGCUACUGCUACCAUACAUCACAAAUAUUUGUGGAGUACAAAGGAAAACAUGUAUCUGCUAGUGUGGUAGAAAGAGCGAUUUGUUUCGAAUACAUGCAGGGUGGAAGCCUUAACGAUCAACUUUCAGCUCAAUCCUGCAAACUUGAUUGGAACAAAUGUUACAAAAUAAUAAGAGGAAUAUGUGAGGGUUUACAUUACCUUCAUAAUGCUGUUCCUCCCAUUUACCAUCUGGACUUAAAACCCGGAAAUAUUUUGCUGGAUAAGGAUAUGGUGGCAAAAAUUGGUGAUUUUGGUUUGUCAAGACUCUUUGAUUCAGCGCAAACCUAUAUGACAGCAUCCCGAGAUCUUAAAGGAACAAUAGGAUACAUGCCGCCAGAAUACAUCGAAGGACAAAAAAUCAGUCCGAAGUUUGAUGUAUUUAGUCUCGGGGUCAUAAUCAUAAAAAUGAUGGCGGGAAAGGAGGCCAGCUAUGCACACACCUGUCGGGAAGAAUUCAUUGAGCAUGUAUGUAAAAAAUGGCAAGUGAGGCUGCAGGCAACAAUGCGGUCCCAUUUAUUUGAAGAAGUGAGGACAUGCAUCGAAAUAGCGUUAAAAUGUGUGGAGGAUGACCGAAUUCGAAGGCCUACGAUAGCCCAGAUUGUUAAUGAAUUAAGUAACAUUGGUAUUGCUAAGAGUUCACCAGUAGGUCAGGUGCAGGCAACAAUAUCGCCCCAUGUAUCCGAAGAAGUGAGGACAUGCAUCGAAAUAGUGUUAAAAUGUGUGGAGGAUGACAGAACGCGAAGGCCUACAAUAGCCCAGAUUAUUAAUGAACUAAGUAAGAUUGGUAUUGCUAAAGGUUCACCCAUCAGCCAGAUUUCCCAAGCUACUUUUUCCGGCCCGCAACAGAUGCCACAACCGGAACAAGGAGGAAGCCAUCGGGCAAACAAGCUGAGUGGAAGCGGAUAUCAUGCCGUCGCCAAGCGUGCAGAAGCUGAACGUGCGGAAGUGGAACGGAAAACUGAAGCUGAAGAAGAACAUAAAACUGAAGCUGAAGAGGAACGUGAACUGAAGAUGAAGGGCGCUGCCGAAAUUGAAGCUGAACCCUGCAACACAAGUUCAGAAGUGGUGACACCGCCGGAAGCAGGAGAACAAGAGGGCGGGUCCCGUGAGUCAGCCAGACUUCAUGCCCCCUCUAAGCGAUAUGCUGGCAAUGACUGGGUCCGGUAUUAGACAGUGGCCCACAACUGUGUAAGUGUAGGCAUAUUUGGUAUGUAAACUAUAUAUCGUUUCGUUUCCCUCUUCUAUAGAGAGGCAUCCGAGUGGAUCAUUUGAAUCAAAAGCUAGUAGUGCUGAGUAUUUGUGGUGUUCGUCUCAUCAGGCUUGUAGGAUAGUAACAGACUGCUUUGAGGACAUUGUCAUUGUACACACACUCCAAACACUGGUUGUUCCUCUUAGUUGCGGUGAUCGCCA